AGAAAAGAAGACUAGGUCUGGAAGGCCGAGAAAGAAAGCCGGAUUCUUGGUAGGAGGGGAGACAAGGUUUAUGAGAAAUGGCAGAUGAGGUGAUUCUGAUGGAUUUUCGGCCCAGCCCUUUUGGGAUGAGGGUAAGGAUUGCCUUGAGUGAAAAGGGUAUCAAAUACGUGUAUAAGGAAGAGAACCUAGCCGAUAAGAGCCAUCUACUUCUGAAAAUGAACCCAAUUCAUAAGAAAGUCCCUGUUUUGGUCCAUAAUGGGAGACCCGUUUGUGAAUCCCUUAAUAUAGUUCAAUACAUCGAUGAGAUUUGGAAGGGAAAAUCUCCAUUAUUGCCAUCUGAUCCCUACCAGCGAGCAGAAGCCAGAUUCUGGGCUGAUUACGUUGACAAAAAGAUAUUCGAUACGGGGAGAAGGGUAUGGAUGAGCAAAGGUGAAGAACUAGAAAGAGCAAAGAAGCAAUUCAUAGAAGUGUUAUUGGUUUUGGAAGCAGAGCUUGGAAACAAAGCUUACUUUGGGGGUGAUAACUUGGGAUUCGUUGAUGUGAGUUUCAUUCCCUUCUACAGUUGGUUUUAUGCAUACGAGACAAUUGGGAGCUUCAGUAUAGAAGCUGAGUGCCCAAAGCUGGUAGCUUGGGCGAAGAGGUGUAUGCGGAGGGAAAGUGUUUCUACUUCUCUUCCUGGCCAGCACCAGAUUUAUGACUUCGUUUUGCAUAUUAAGAAGAGGUUUGGAUUUGAUUAGAUAUUUAGAACACAGAAACAGAAACUCACCAGAGAGAGACUGAGAAGAUGUAGCACAGAGUUGAAGGGCCU